UACAGUAACUAAUAUCAAAAUUGUUGAUUAAUAGCUAUUAAAUGUAGUCAUCUUACUGGACUCUAAAAUUCCUAUGCAUAUGUUUUCUAAAUAUGUUUAAACUGAAGGUACGUUACAAAAACAUGUGGUGUUCAAUGUGGUGGUGGAUUUACUUUCUCAACAUAACUCACAAGAACUGACUGGGAAUUCGAGCAUAUUCCACCACCCAUGGAGACCCGCCGCUUCUGGUUUAUUUCUGCGCAUGAGUCUUGCCCAAUCGAUUUUUCUGUAUAUACAUACAUCCCUCAUUUCAAUCGAGGGCAGAAAGUCUUUGGUGUUAGACGCACAUUUACAGGCGACUCCAGAAUGCAGCUGAUUCUCGUUGCGACCCUGCUGUCCGUGGCAUUCGGCAGCUGCAGUGCCUCCAUAGCAGGACCCUUUAUCUUCUGGGGUCACCAGAGGGUGACUGGCCUGCAAUCCCAGGCUCUGGUGGACUCAAACAGCAGGGAAUUGCCGCUGACGCAACUCUUCACGGAGGCCAAGGCGAUUGUGGUCUUUGUGCGGAACUCGACCAAUCGACUGGAGGGCAUCAAGUAUCCCAGGUUCCAGAAUCUCGUCAAGAGUGGCGCUUGGACCUAUCUGCCACAAAGGAGUCUCGCAGCGGAACCCUUUGGUCUCAAUGCCAACAUUGAGGUGGUAAGCCUCUCGGGACAUGGAGAGGAGGAUGACUCCGAGAUCCUGUCGGCCUACAACGAAGCCUUGAACACCUACGGCAGAGGAGAAGUCCUGGGAAUCCUGGCCAGUCGCGAAGAGGAGGCUCACUUCCUGGCCAAAAGGGAGGCUUCGCCGGCCGGCGAGGAGGAGGAGAAGGAUAAGGAUAAGGAGAAAUCCAAGUCAGCUGAAGGCCCAGAGGAAACCGAGGCCAGUUUCAUCUACGUGGCCGAGGGCAACAAGGCGGUGCUGAGUCUCAAUGGACCCCUGGAACUGCGGCUGACCAAUGACACGCUCAAACUGGAGGAGCACAUCAAGCAGAUCACCUUCGACGAUCAGCGGGCCAAGGGAUAUGGUCGAUUGAGCAUCACCUUCAUGCAUUCGGGUGAAAAGUGCACGCUGCGCUUUAAGUUCUCUUUGAUCCGGGGAUCCUGGACGCUGAGGAAUGUGGAGGUGGAGUACAGGGAUCUCAAGAGUGUGCUGGUGGCCCGUGGUGAUGAGUACACCCUGCCCAAUGCUCCACUGGGCUUCUCCUAUCGCUGCUCGGCGGAGAAUGUGCACUUCCUGAACCCUCAGCGUAAUGAGACUAUUCAGGGUUUGAUCCUCACCGAUUUCCAAGUGCAACCCUGGCUAAAUGGACGCCCGGAGUACGGGGAGGUCUACGAUUGCGUGGGCUUCGUUUCGGCACCCAUCCUCGCUGGACUCUUCGUGGUGACCCUGCUCCUGGGCAUCUUGGGACUGGGAAUCUCCGCCAUGCUCAGCAUGCAUACGCCCAAUCGAUUCGAGAGUUCGCGCAGCAAGCAGUUGACCUUCACCAUUCAGGAGUAGGAAUCUCCAAUGACCCCAGAGUUCUCCGUCGGCCAUGUUCAUCCAGAUCACCUAUGUGGCUUUCAAGCCCCUGGCUCUGUUCACCCUGGCCAUCGAGCUCUUUCUCAUCCAUCUGCUGUUCGUGUUGAUCGUGCUUUAUGUGUAUGUGCUAUGGUAUUACUGAAGAAAGUCAAAAAAUUCGAAAUGAACGAUUUGAAAUAUAUAUCUGCAAUGAAAGCCAAUGACAGUGAAGUUUCUUUGAAAGUGGUUACAAUGUGGAGUUAAAAGUAAUAUCGAUAUAAAAAUAAUAUUUGUUAUGAACAAUAUUAAAUAUGUCUGCCAUGUAA